CGAGUCGUUUGGAAAACUUUGGAGGUCUGGGUAGCAACCGGUUUUCUCAUUUACGUGUCAGUGAUUUGGGGGAAGGAUUUGAGGGGUUACAGUGCUGCUCACAUACUAAGUUGACAGACCUGUUUUACUUGAGGAGCUUCCGGCUCGCUCUCUGCCACCUGAGUUUAUGUAAACUGUUCGGUCCAGAGCCUCAGGUAUGAGGCUGAACAAAGAGAAAAGCUGUUGCAAUGAGCAGCUUUCGUAUUAAUUAUUGGAUUCCGCGUACCACGUCGCGAGCUGUCAAAACACAAGAAUGUGCUGUUUGAUUUGAGCUUACCUGCUUGCAACGGACCCUCAAGCACAGAGUUUGGAUUUGAUUGAGUUAGUUUCUACAGUAACAGCAAGAAAAGAGGUGAAAACUGGCCUCACUUUCCUAACAAAGGACCUUUGAUCAAUUGCUUCUGGUUAAAUUGAGUAGCUUUCACUAUAAGGUCAAUAAGGAGGUAUACAUGUGAGUACCGUCAGAUGUACAAUUAAUCAUUCAAGUGUCAAACAUUCUUGUUUGAACCAGAUUUGUUGGUCUUUGGGCCAUCAAGCAGGGCGUAUAGCCUGGUGAUGGCAGGGGAGGGACAGGUGAGAAUGACGUGAUAAAUGUACUUCGUCACUCCCUGCUGCAUUCCAGCUCCAGCUCCACUCAGCGCCAAAGCCUCAGUGAGCAACGCCGCUUCCUAAAGCCGCGGACAGAACUACGCCACACUCAACGCUACUGGACGAAAGCUAGCGGGGUCCUUUGUGCCGGACUGUAAUCCCGGGAUUCCUUUAGCACUGUGGAUAUGAAAGGCAGAGAGGAGGUGCUGGUGCUCAGGCUCGGAUUCACCAUGCAGUCGCCACGCGCCAGGUUGUCCCGUUUCAGGCUUCGCCCGAUCUCGGCCAGGCACAAGCGCGCGAAGCCAUCGUCCCAGAAGGAGACAGUCAGGAACCCCAGCCCCACCGAGAUGAGCGUGGAGCCCUGGGCCAGCCCGCGGGACCAGGCAGCAGCUGAGCACGACGCGCACGCAGCCUCCUCCCAGGACCAGGAGCAGCGCCCCGACCAGCAGUGCGUGGAUUCCUUCUGGAGCGAGGUGGAGACCAUUCGGCAGGGGAGUGGCUACGCGGACCUCGACUGCACCAAGAGAGAGUCCAGACAAUCCGAAGAAGGCGAACAGGAGGAGCAGUGGUUGGCCGACGCCGGCUUGUCCACCCUCAUCAGCGAGGACAGCGAGGAUGUGGACAAAGCGGUGCUGCUGUCCACCCUGACCCGGACCCAGGCCGAGGCCGUCCAGCGUCGACUGGAUUCCUACACGCUGUCCCUCCGUAAGAGGAACAAACCGGCCCCGCGAGACGUCCGCGAUAUCUUCAACCCCAUUACUCAGACUCUUUGUCCCGAGCCCCAGCACAGCGAAGACACUGCCCAAACCAGCAUGGCAUCAAUGGCCAAAACGCCCCAUUCAGCUGCAACGCCGGAGCCUCACCGAGGCGCCCCAAAGGAGGAGUUCUUCAUCACCGAUGUGGCUUACUGCGAACAGGCCGUCAUCUUCCUAAAACAGGCCAAACUUCCCCAGUACACCAGCCAGCGCAGAAAAGAGGACGGCACCCUGCCUCGUGUGAUCUGCCCCAAGUGCCGUCUCGGAGUGACUCGCGUUCAGGACCUCUCUCAGGCCGACAUGAAGAAGGUGCGUCAGUUGGCUCUCAUCGACAUGACGGCGCUGUGCGACCUCUUAGAGCUGGAGGUCAAAAGGCACAAAACCGUCAAAAGGAAAAUCCCAGAGAGCCCGCUGUACGGUGUGCCGCUGGCCACGCUGCUGGAGAACGAUCAGAAACUCAAACCCAACACCGCCACUCCUCUCUUCAUGCAGGAGUUGUUGUCAUUUUUGGAAAAGAAAGGUGUUGAUUCAGAGGGCAUCCUGCGGGUUCCAGGAUCUCAGUCACGAAUAAAGCUUCUGCAGCAGAACUUAGAGGCCAACUUCUACUCCAGGCCGGUCAGCUGGGACGAGGUGAGUCCGAACGACGCUGCCGCGCUGCUUAAGAAGUUCAUCAGGGAACUCCCCGCUCCUCUGCUCACCGCCGAGUACCUCAACACCUUCAGCGCCGUCAGAGACAUCACAGAGUUGAGGCAGAAACUGCACAUGUUGAACCUGCUCAUCCUGCUGCUGCCUGAGCCCAACAGAAACACACUAAAGGCGCUCCUCGAGUUCCUCAGUAAGGUGGUUUCUAGUGAGAAGACGAACAGGAUGAACCUGUGGGCUGUUGCCACCAUCAUGGCUCCCAACCUGUUCCUCCAUAAGGCCGUCCCCAGCAGACUGGCCGAGGGGGCCGAGAAAGGACAUGCGGAGAAGGCCGCCGAUGUCAUGAGGCUCCUCAUCCGCUACCAGGACCUGCUCUGGACGAUCCCCAAUUUCCUCAUGAGCCAGGUGCGUAAGCUGAAUGAGAACAGUCACCGGCGGUACCAGUUCUACGAUCGCCGCAUCAAGAACCUGCUGAGGAAGAUUCACACGGACAGCCGCGAGAAAACGGAUAAAAAUGCCUCAGAGCCAUGCCGCACGGUGAAGAUCCAGGUCGGAGACCUGGUGAGCAGCACCAUGGAGUUCCAGCUCAACGUCAACUCCCGAGCCUCGGACCUGCUGGCACAGUUUCAGCGUCAGUCCCUUCGCAGUCCAGACAAUGGAAAGGGCAAAAUGCGAAGAAACGGUUCCGUGGCGAACGCUGACUGCGCCCUGUACGAGGUGGGAGGGAACAUCGGUGAGCACUGCCUGGAUCCCGACACACACCUUCUGGAUUUGAAUAACAGCAACUCUGGAGGAGAGUGGGUCAUCAAGAUGAAACCCAACGCCAGCAGACAGCUGUGAAGGACGGGCGAACAGAUCGGGGAACAGGUUGCUGAAGAAGGACAAAGGCAGAGCCUAAAAAAAAGCAAAAAAAACAUCAAAUCCACGCAGCCUUCUCAUCUUGUCCUUUUCAUCCUCGGAGCAGCAAGGGAGAAGGAGACAGAUGGUCAGAUGGAGAAAGCAAACGCAGAUAGAAGGAGAAUCUGCCAGGAGCAGAGCCUAAGAACUGUCUAUGAUCAGAUGGACACACUUUGCCCUCCGUCUCUUUCCCCCCAUGUCUUAUUUUUCAUACCUCCACUUCUGCUCUUCUUUUCCUACCUUCGCAUCCCCCCCCCCCUCCGUCGUUCCUCGCCCGCGUCACCGGGCGGCUGCGACGCCGAGAGCUUGCGAGCGGCGCGAGUCUUUGCUUCUGACGGAGGAGGAGGAGGAGGCAGAGACUGGGGGGGGUUUGGCUCGUCUUUUCUCUCGUCUCACGCAGUCAUCUCCGGCCAUGAGCGAGCAGAUGGUGAUGCAGAGCACCUCUGGCCAUAGAGAGUAGGGAACCUGUCCCCCCCCCACCCCCACAUCUUCAGGUCGGCCAGAAAACGUGUUUUCAAAUCCUAGUCUUUUUCCUAAUUUCCAGACAUUUAGGGGACUUACGUGGAAGAUAAGGAGAUAUUUACCUUCCAUUCGUCUCACGCGACGUCUCUCGUUUACUCCCACAACCGCGUGGAAUCGCAGUGACCGCAGCGGUUUCGCAUUUAACUUGCAGAAAAACUGGACGCCAGUGACUGCAGCUAACGUGGAGACCAAGAGGGACGUCAGUUACCGACUUAUCAAUCAGUGAAUGCGCUGACGGCUACCUCUGCUUUUAUGUCAAUGCAGACCGUUUUCCAGCUCAGACCUUUGGAUCACAAAAGAAAACAAAGACUUUUCUCUGUGCUAAUAAAAGAGGGGAACUGAUAUCUUCUUAUCUGUAAAACCCUGCUGUCUCCUGGGCCUUAUAAAAAAAAGAAAGAAAUCCGUGGACUUCCAAGGACCCCCCUGACCUGUACAGAGCAGUGCUCAAAGAUACUUCUCUUUUUGUGAUACCAAGGGGAUUUAGUGUCACCACCUCAAGGACAUCUGCUGCACCUCUAAAGGGAGCUGUUAAGGACACGGUGAAGCUGGUCUUCAGUUCUCUUUUUUUUUUUUUUUUUUACUGACGAAUGAAGCCUACAGCGCGAGUCUCGGGUUGAACUGGAAUUAUUGUUGUUAUUUAUAUGAAUGUAAUGCCACUGUUGCUUCUGUAUGUGAGUAUUCUGUAGGCUAGAGAGACUUUAGGACAAUAUCAGUAUGUUGUGUGACGUCUGCCACGCUCAGUGUGGACGUUUGCAGUGUUCUUGUACAGAUUUACUGAUGCUGAGUUGUUGUUGUUGUUUUUUAUACAUCCUGAACAGUACAGUGAGAUAAACGCCACGUGUAAAUAUUCA